CCCCCCCGCCCGCCCGCUCCCGCGCGUGGCCUGCAGCAGCGGUAGCACGCGGCGGCUCCGCGGGAAGGUUGUAGAAGGAGGGGGAGGGCCAUGGCGGAGGAGAAGGAGUCGACGUCGAUCCCGCUCAGCCAGGCGGCGGAGGCGGUCGACCCCGAGGACCCGGCCAAGGCGCCGCCGCGCCCCAGCUCGCCCACCACGUCCACCCGCAAGGCAUGCUGUGCUGUUCUUCAAAGUUGGGUGUCAAGAAAAUUUAUGACCGGAUGCGUAGUCCUUUUCCCUGUGGCUUUCACAUUCUUCAUCACUUGGUGGUUUAUUCAAUUUGUGGAUGGUUUUUUCAGUCCACUAUAUGCCAAAGUUGGAAUCGACAUAUUUGGUCUUGGUUUUUUGACAUCUCUGGCAUUCAUAUUUCUGGUUGGAAUAUUUGUUUCUUCAUGGGUGGGCUCAACUAUCUUCUGGGUUGGAGAAUGGUUUAUAAAGAAAAUGCCAUUUGUAAAGCACAUAUAUUCAGCAUCAAAGCAAGUCAGCACCGCCAUUUCACCAGACCAAAAUACAACAGCAUUCAAAGAAGUUGCAAUAAUUCGCCAUCCACGUGUUGGGGAAUAUGCGUUUGGAUUUAUAACAUCAACCGUUGUUCUUCAGACAGAUAAAGGCGACGAGGAACUAUGUAGUGUUUAUGUGCCAACAAAUCAUCUUUAUAUUGGUGACAUAUUUCUGCUGAACACCGAUGAGAUCAUCAGGCCAAACCUAUCCAUUCGAGAGGGAAUUGAAAUAAUUGUUUCCGGAGGAAUGACCAUGCCGCAGGUGAUUGCAUCACUAGAGCCCACACCGAGGAAGAGUCAGAGCAUCCGUCUAAAUAGAAUGACAUGACGAUGUAUGAGAUAGAACUGCAGAUCGUGUGGAUGGCCAACUCAGGUGCCACAUGUGCGUUUCUAAUGUGGUGAAUGUGGAUUUGGAAAUGGAACACGUUGUUAUGAACCACAUGUGCGGAAGCAUCUUAUCGAUGCCCUGGAUAUCCUAUUAUAUCACACACCUGUUGCGCUUCUCUCUGUUUGCUGACUGGUCCAGAAUGUUAACUUCGUUGCACCAGUUGUGUACAAGUGGUGUGCCUGAUCGAAUUCAUUGAUUACAGUGUAAUACCAUGUGGACUCAGUUAUGAUAUACCAUACUGACUUGUUUCUUCGGGAGCC